AUGGCACCUGUGAUACACCAGCUCUCCCAGACCAUCCCGCCAGAUUCAACAUCUUCAGCCUUAACACCGGGAUCGUCUGGUCCCCGCGCGACGAAAGUCCUGAUCCGCGAACCCUCUGUUAGCAAAACCGGUAGAUCAUUUACCUUCACGCCACCUUCAAGCUAUGCGUUCACCGACGACCCGGAAAGCAAUUCAAGCAACACAAUCACCGUUAGCGGCGACGAUAGCAGUAGCAGCAGAAGCAACGACAACAGCGGCGGCGGCCUGUCGGGCCCUAUCAAAGGCGCAAUAAUAGGCUCAAUACUCGGCACUGUAUUCCUCUUACUACUGCUAUACUGCUGCUACCGACGCUCCCCAAGAGCAAUAGUAGAACACCGCCGGAAACAUCGAAGGAAUUCCAAGACCUUGAGAGACUCACCAGAACCAGCACCACCUGAACCAGCGCCUGCGGAGCCCAAACCAGAAGAGCCGGCAGAGCCAGCUCCAACACUGAAGAAAAAGAAAACUGUUCGAAUCGCGCCAGGCUCGACCCCUCCUCCGCAUUUCGUUCUUUAUCCGCAAGUGCGAACUCCUGCUAAGGUGAAGGUGAAGCUUUACCCUAAUUCGGAGGAGGCGAAGGGGGCGUUUUCUCCGAUUGAGCGGUAUACAAUGGAUGUCGGGGCUGGGGCUCAUGUUAGGAUUAAGAAGGGUAGGAGUGGGCCAACUGCGUUUGUUAGCCGGCCUCGGGAUGGCACCGAGGGUGCUGGGUAA